AUGCGUCGUUACCUCCUUCCCCUCUUCGCCCGUUUCGUCAACUUCGCCACGCGGCUCUUCGACGCGCUCUGCGGUUUUCUCUUCCUCCCGCCACUCGCGACGCGCCUGCUGCAGUGGCUCCUCCCGUUAGAGGAACGCGCGGUGCUGCGCGCCGCGUACAAGGCCACGGGACUGCGUGACUAUGGCGAGGGGACGUUCCUGACGGGGCUGCGGCUUCUAUUGAAGGGUCUCGAAGAGGAGGCGAGACUGAGCGCGUUUGGGAGGAUUCUUAUAUGGAACGAUGUACAGCGCCUGCUGCGGUACCGGCUGCAUCUGGAGGAUACAAGGAGGCAACAACCCGAGAUAGAGGAGGAGAAGAUUGAGGCCCCAGUGUGCAUAUUGGGUCUGCCGCGCACAGGCACCACCUUCCUCUUCAACCUGCUCGCCCUCGACACAUCGCUCUUCCGCUCGCCGCUCACAUGGGAGGUGCAUCACAUGCACCCUCCCCCGGACGCCACCUGCUACGAUACUGACAAGCGCAUUGGGGAGACUGAGGCGUUUCUGGAGGGGGUCUCUGCUCUGCUGCCUUCUGUGGGUAGUGCUGCUGUGUGCUCUCUUUGUCGCUCGCCGCUCACAUGGGGGGUGUCCGCACUGCUUCCUUCCUUCCAGGCGUUGCACCCAGUGACAGCAACAGGACCACAGGAGUGCAUGGGACUCAUGAUGUACGAUUUCACGUCAUUCGCCUUCCCCACCAUCCACUUCAACAUCCCUUCCUACUUUCGCUGGUACCUCUCUUCAGACCUCACCCCCACCUACCGCCUCCUGCGCUGGCAGCUGCAGUACCUGCAGUGGCGCGGGCCCAAGGCCCCCCGCUGGCUGCUCAAGUGCCCGGCUCACCUCUUCUCUCUGCCUUCGCUUAUGGCUGCAUUUCCCGAUGCCAAACUCAUCUUCACACACAGGAAUCCGUUGACUGUGCUGGCAUCGGCACAUAGCCUUAUAAGGGGAAUACGGAGCAUCCACUCGGACCAUGUUGAUAAAUCAGAGAUCUCCCAGACAUGGGUGCCAGCUGUCGCAAGCGCAUUGGCUGAGAUGAUGCGGCUGCGGGGGAUUGACGGGUCAGGCACAGAGGGGAAAGAAGAAGUGACUGAAGAGAGGGAGCGUACAAAUGGCUCGAAGGGUUAUGUGACUGUAACGAAGGGGGAGAGGAAAGGGGAAGGAGAUGAGGUGGAGGGAAGUGUAAGCAGUACUGUGGGCAACGGAAGCAGCAGCAAUGGUUCUUCACCCAAUGGUGUAAGCAGGAGCAGCAUCAGCAAUGGUAGCAACAGUGGUGACAGCAGUAACGAGUUGUCUUCAGUUGACAGCACUCUGGCUCUGCGGUCUUCCCAGGCCGUUGAUGUGCGCUACAGCGAUCUCGUGGCCGAUCCGAUGGCCACGGUGCGCCACAUCUACCAAGAUCUGCUCAAGCGCCAGCUGGACGAUGACGUGGCGGAUAAGAUGCGUGCUUACCUGGCGGCCAACUCCAAGGAGAAGCGUCCUCGGCAUCACUACAAGUGGGGAGGCACAAUGCUGGAUAAGCAGCGGGAGGAGCAGUGGCUGUUGUUCCUAUUCUCAUAUCACUCCUACCGUUCUCACUUCUGUUCUGUGUCCUCUCAGGAGAAGCGACCUCGGCACCACUACAAGUGGGAAGACACAAUGCUGGAUAAGCAGCAGGAGAAGCAGCGCUUUGAAUUCUACAUUCGUGCGUUUGGUCUUGAGAGCGAGCACUAG